UAUAUCUUCACAAUAACAAAGAUCAAAGAUGAGCUCAAAUGGAGAGUAUCAUGGGAUGGUUCCCUCACAUAUGUUUUUAUUAAUAUUAUAGUAACCAAUACUACAUCAUCAUCAACAACAUCAACAUCAACAGCACCGUCGACCACUACAACUGUGAAGCCAGGUAAGUUUUAGAUCAAUACUUCUUAAUUAUAUGACUUGUUGAUUAUUCCCUUUUCUGA